UGAGUUGUGACAGCAGUUUAGCGAAAGAGUUUGAUGGUCACAGCGGUUCAUAUGCGACUAAAAGCCACUGCAACACUCUCUUCCAGUUAUAGAGAAACAUUUGCACACGUGUUUUGUGACGUGACGUGCGUAAAUAACGGAACUGCUUUCUGAUCACCAACAAACGCACUUAGGCUAAAGACAUCGAUGCUAACUGCAUGUGGCUCACCGGCUGACGAGGAGUUGUUCGCUUUAAAGUGAACUAAUCCAGCUGCAGGGUAUUUAAUUUUGAAUCGGUUUUUGUCGUCGUCAGAAAAUGUAGUGUUUAAAACGAUCCAGGUGUCAUUUGGUCUGUGAGCAGGGAUGUGACGCAAGGUACAGCAGUACCUAAUUUGAUGCGCAUUUAGAGUGACGAGUUGACGGUGUGUCUCGCCUUUCGUCUGUGACCUAUUUGAAUGGUGACGUCACGCCGUUAAUCUUUAAUUUCCGAGCACGCUGCUGUGCGCAAAAAAAUAUUCAGUCGCGCCGGUUGGGAGCAGCUGGAUUAGAAGAAGUUCCCGUCUAAACUCACCCAUCUGGCUCUACCGCUAAAAUGGGGUCUAAUGGAGACCUCAACGCAAACUCACAAUGUCUCAGCAGCACUGGGGACCCGGUCCUGGACAAGGCAGUCAAUCAGUGGAUGGCCUGGGAUAAGAAUCCUCAGACAUGGAAGCAGAUGGAGUCUCUGGUGCGAGAGGGGCGUGUGGUGGAGCUGAGGAGGAGGUUGUGCUCCAGGAUGACGUUUGGAACAGCUGGAUUGAGAGCAGAGAUGGGUGCAGGGUUUGCUUGCAUCAAUGACCUAACUGUCAUCCAGUCUACACAGGGAAUGUACAAGUACUUAGCCAAAUAUGUCCCUGACCUGAAAACAAGAGGGCUGGUGGUCGGGUUUGACACUCGUGCCCAAACAAGUAGUGGCUGCACCAGUGAACGACUUGCAAGGUUGACUGCCGCUGUUAUGUUUUGUAAAGAUGUCCCUGUCUAUCUAUUCUCUACAUAUGUGCCCACUCCAUUUGUGCCAUAUGCUGUGAUGAAGUAUGGAGCUGCAGCUGGAGUCAUGAUCACUGCAUCUCAUAACAGAAAAGAGGACAAUGGAUACAAGGUUUACUGGCACAAUGGUGCACAGAUCUCCUCUCCACAUGAUAAGGAGAUCUUGCGUUGCAUUGAGGAGAGUAGUGAACCCUGGCCCGAGUCCUGGAAUGAGGACCUAGUUGAAAGCAGCCUCUUAAGGAGAGACCCACUGGAGGACGUCAGCCGCUGGUACAUGGAAGAGCUAAACACUAUCUGCUUCCACAGAGAGCUUAACGCAAUGUCUCCCCUGAAGUUUGUGCACUCAUCUUUCCAUGGGGUUGGCCACAACUAUGUCCAGAGAGCCUUUCAGCAGUUUGGCUUUCCACCUCCCAUCCCUGUUCCAGAACAGAAAGAUCCAGAUCCAGAUUUUUCCACUGUCCGUUGUCCUAACCCAGAGGAAGGAGAAUCAGUUUUGGAGCUGUCCCUUCGUUUGGCUGAGAGAGAAGAGGCCCGCAUUGUUGUGGCCACAGACCCUGAUGCUGAUCGCUUGGCUGUUGCCGAGCAGAAUGACAAUUGUGGUUGGAAAGUGUUCACCGGAAACGAGUUGGCUGCAUUGCUCGGCUGGUGGAUGUUGUUUAACUGGAAGGAAGCUCACCCUGACCCAGCAGAUACAGAGAGAGUAUACAUGCUGGCCACCACUGUUUCUUCCAAAAUACUUAAAGCCUUUGCAUGCAUAGAAGGCUUUCAUUUUGAGGAAACAUUACCUGGCUUCAAAUGGAUUGGAAAUAGAAUCCAUGAAUUAAAAAAAACAGGAAAGGAGGUCAUUUUUUCCUUUGAAGAAUCCAUUGGGUUUUUGUGUGGGAACAUGGUUCUUGAUAAGGAUGGAGUCAGUACAGCAGCUGUUGUGGCUGAGAUGGCUGCUUAUCUACACACCAAAAACCUUUCCUUGAAGCAACAACUAAUCAACAUCUAUGAAAUAUAUGGCUAUCACAUUUCCAGAACAUGCUAUGUCAUCUGCAAUGACCCACCAACUAUUCAUAAAAUAUUUAGUCGUCUGCGCAAUUUUGGGGGUCCAAGUGUUUACCCAGAAUCAUGUGGUGACUACUGCAUCACACACAUCAGAGAUGUGACCACUGGUUAUGACAGCAGUCAGCCUGACAAAAAAUGUGUCCUUCCAUUGUCAAGAAAUAGCCAAAUGGUCACAUUCACAUUUCAGAAUGGCAUUGUUGCAACACUUAGGACCAGCGGGACUGAGCCAAAGAUCAAGUGUUACACAGAAUUCUGUGCAGCACCAGGAGAACGUGAUAUCUCAAGUCUGGAGGAGGAUUUAAGGAAAGUGACCGCUGCUCUAGUUGAAGAAUUUCUAGAACCUGACAAGAACAACCUGCUCCGCAGAUCAGUGUAGCUUAAUUUAAAUAGUGGUAAGAUCAUUGUCUUCAUGGGCAUCUUGUGUAAAACCAGUCCCAGAGGCCUGUCAGUGAACCGUUCUGUUAGUGUUGUUUUAUUCACUGUGAAAUGAUUUGAAGCAUAAUCAACAAAAAAGUAAACGACUGCUUAUUUAUUUUAGUGGUUUAUAUAUGACAAAAAAUAUUGUCAUGAUCAUUUUGUUCUUUUGCAUUUGAAUGUCUUGCUCACAGAAAGAAAUCCUCAAGGCUUUGAUUUUAUUUGUGUAACAUUUUUCAAGAGUGUCACAUUACUUCUAUAACGUCUGCUGUAUUAGGCCCACUUUCGAUGUUUGCUGGUGUCCAGAUUUCAAUUUCACUCUACGUAGACAAUAUGGUAGACAUGGUCUGUUUCUUUUUUUCUCCGAGGUUUUGCUGAGAGCUGCUGCUGCUGCUACCUUUUAAAGCUCUAUGAGCAUGUGUAUUUGUUGUGCUCUCAUAAACCUGUGUCCAUAUUGUA